AUGCAGUGCUAUACAGAGCUCACGCCGCCGACUGGCGUGCAGUACAGUCUUAGCCUGCCAUUCCUCUCAGCGCAAAGCAACAAUCUGGUCGUCGCAAAGGGCUCUCUGCUGCAAAUCUUUACGACAAAGACUAUCUCUUCCGAAGUCGACACUUCGCAGACUCGAGAGAAACAGACAUCCAGGGCCGAAAACCCAUACGACCGCCGAUUGAACGACGAUGACGGCCUUGAGUCUUCUUUCUUGGGCGGCGACGGCAUGCUGGUUCGCGCCGAUCGCGCCAUCAACACCAAGCUUGUACUCGUCGCCGAAUACCCAGUAUUUGGUGUCGUGACGGGCCUCGCAAGAAUCAAGCUCCAACACUCGAAAUCAGGGGGCGAGGCUCUCCUCAUUGCUACAAGAGUUGCUAGGCUGAGCCUGGUCCAAUGGGAUCCCGAGAAACACGCACUCGAGGACAUCUCCAUUCACUACUACGAGAAAGAAGAAUUGGAAGGCUCGCCAUUCGACGGCCCAUUGAGCAACUACCGAACACAUCUUGCCGUUGAUCCUGGCUCGCGAUGCGCGGCUCUCAGAUUUGGCCCCAGAUACAUCGCCUUUCUCCCCUUCAAGCAAGCCGAUGAGGACAUAGAUAUGGAUGACUGGGAUGAAGAUGUGGAUGGGCCUCGGCCGGCAAAAGAGCCGCCAGCAACAGCGGCCACAAAUGGAACUAGCAACAUAGCAGAUGUACCAUACUCAACAUCAUACGUCCUCCCUCUACCGCAGCUUGAUCCCAGUCUCCUUCAUCCUGUGCACCUUGCCUUCUUGCAUGAGUACAGAGAGCCUACCUUUGGUAUCAUUUCGUCGAUGCAACGGCGCUCCAACACCCUACCUCGAAAGGACCACUUCUCAUACAAGGUCUUCACUCUCGACCUGCAGCAGAGGGCUUCAACCGCCAUUCUAUCCGUCAACAACCUCCCGCAGGACCUCUUCAAGGUCAUCGCUCUGCCAGGCCCCGUAGGAGGUGCACUUCUUGUCGGCACAAACGAACUGAUCCACAUUGACCAGUCCGGAAAGCCCAAUGGCGUGGCCGUCAAUACUUUCACGAAGGAGACAACGAACUUUCCCCUUGCGGACCAGUCCGAUCUGGACCUGAGGCUCGAGCAUUGCUACAUCGAGCUCAUGUCUGCCGAGAAUGGAGAAUUGCUCAUGGUACUCAGUGACGGUCGGCUAGCCAUCAUUACCUUCAAAAUCGAUGGACGUACGGUCUCAGGGGUCAGUGUCAAACUGGUCCACGCGGAUGUUGGCGGCAACAUUGUGCAGUGCAGCGUUUCGACCAUCUCGAAGCUCAGCAGGAACGUCUUCUUUGUUGGAACCACGGGCAGUGACUCUCUCGACAUGGCCUCGGGCAAACAGGCCUUCAUCCCAGAUAGCGAGGAGGAGAAGAACUCGGUUGGUGUGGUGGCCGAUCUUCAGCUCGCAUGUGCGGUAGGCAAAGGCAAUGCUGGUGCCGUCGCCAUCCUGAACCAGAACAUCCAGCCCAAGGUGAUCGGAAAGUUCGAGUUUCCAGAGGCGAGGGGUUUCUGGACCAUGUGCGUUCAGAAACCUAUACCAAAGUCCCUGCAGGGCGACAAGGGAGCCAAUGCGACAGUCGGCAGCGAGUUUGAUGCCUCGUCCAUUUACGACAAGUUCAUGAUUGUUUCAAAGGUCGAUCUAGACGGCUACGAGACGUCAGACGUUUAUGCUCUGACAGGAGCCGGGUUUGAAGCAUUGACAGGGACGGAAUUCGACCCAGCUGCGGGCUUCACCGUCGAGGCUGGCACGAUGGGAAAGCACAUGCGCAUUAUUCAAGUACUCAAGUCGGAGGUGCGCUGCUAUGAUGGAGAUUUGGGACUUAGCCAGAUUCUGCCAAUGCUUGACGAAGAGACUGGCGCCGAGCCAAGAGUCAUUAGUGCCAGCAUCGCCGACCCCUAUCUUUUCCUAGUUCGGGAUGACUCGAGUAUUAUGGUGGCCCAAAUAGAUAAUAACUGCGAGCUGGAAGAGGUUGAGAAGCAGGACGACGCCAUCUUGUCAACAAAAUGGCUUGCGGGGUGCCUGUACACAGACACGACAGGCCUCUUUGCCCCUGUUCAAACAGAUAAGGGUAUGCCAGCAGGCCAAAAUAUCUUUAUUUUCUUGCUGAGCGCUGCGGGAGCAUUAUAUAUAUACGCACUUCCGAAUCUCUCCAAGCCUGUCUACGUUGCAGCUGGCUUAACCUACGUCCCCCCUUUUCUCUCCGCCGACUACGCCGUCAGACGCGGCACCGUUCAGGAGACGCUGACUGAACUUUUGGUGGCUGACCUCGGAGACACCACUGCUACUUCCCCAUACCUCAUCCUGCGUCACGCGAACGACGACCUCACGAUAUACGAGCCCAUCCGUCUUGAAUCACGAGACAAAACGCUGGGCCUCGCAAAGACACUCCACUUUCAAAAGAUCACAAACCCUACCCUUGCAAAGAGCCCCGUCGAAGUUGCCGAUGAUGAAGCUAACGAGCAGCCGCGGUUCGUCCCUCUCCGACCCUGCGCCAACAUCAACGGAUACAGCACCGUUUUCCUCCCCGGGGCUUCGCCAUCCUUCAUUAUCAAGUCCGCUAAGAGCAGCCCGAAGGUUGUCGGCCUGCAGGGUAUCGGUGUGCGUGGUAUGAGCUCGUUCCACACUGAGGGCUGUGAGCGCGGCUUCAUCUAUGCCGACUCGGAGGGCCAAACGCGCGUCACGCAGUUGCCCGCCGACUCCAACUUUACCGAGCUGGGCGUCUCGGUGCGCAAGAUCCCGGUUGGUGAUGAUGUCGGUCUGAUCGCCUAUCACCCGCCCAUGGAGACGUACGCCGUCGCAUGCAGCGUCUUAGAGCGCUUCGAGCUUCCAAAGGACGACGACUACCACAAAGAAUGGGCCAAGGAGGCGACCACCAGCUACCCCCAGACCGAGCGAGGCAUCAUCAAGCUCAUGAGCCCGACAACCUGGUCCGUCAUCGACACCGUCGAGCUCGAGCCCCACGAGGUCGCCAUGUGCAUGAAGACGCUUCACCUAGAGGUGUCCGAGGAGACCAAGGAGCGCCGCAUGCUCAUUACUAUCGGCACGGCCAUCAACCGCGGCGAAGACCUGCCCAUCCGUGGUCGUAUCCUAGUCUACGAUGUCGUCUCGGUUGUACCGCAGCCCGGUCGGCCCGAGACGAACAAGAAGCUGAAGCUCGUUGCUAAGGAGGAGAUUCCCCGCGGCGCCGUCACCGGCAUCUGCGAGGUGGGCUCACAGGGUCUCAUGCUUGUCGCCCAGGGCCAAAAGUGCAUGGUCCGCGGUCUCAAGGAGGACGGUACCCUCCUGCCCGUCGCCUUUAUGGACAUGAACUGCUACGUCACCGCCGUGCGCGAGGUUCGCGGCACGGGCUACUGCCUCAUGACGGACGCCUUCAAGGGCGUCUGGUUCGUGGGCUACGCCGAGGAGCCCUAUAAGAUGAUGCUCUUCGGCAAGAGCACCGGCAAAUUCGAGGUCUUGACGGCUGACUUUAUCGUCGCCGGCGAUGAGCUGCACAUCGUCGUAUGCGACAAGGACGGUGUGAUCCACGUGAUGCAAUUCGACCCUGAGCACCCCAAAUCACUCCAGGGCCAUCUCCUCCUAAACCGUGCCUCCUUCUCGGCGGCACCGAACCACCCAACCACAACGCUCUCCCUCCCGCGAACCCCCGUCUCCCCAUCCGCUACCUCCGCGUCCAAGAAUCCGCCCACGACCCUCCUCCUCGGCUCCCCAACCGGCGCCCUCGCGUCCCUCACGCCCCUCUCGGAGCAGGCCUACCGCCGCCUGACGUCCCUCGCCAACAGCAUCGCCGGCGCCCUCCCGCACGCGGCGGCCACAAACCCCAAGGCCCACCGUCUCCAGCCCCUCGACGCGCGCACCCCCGGCGUCGACACGAGCGCGGGGCGGAGCAUCGUCGACGGCGCCCUACUCGCGCGCUGGAACGAGCUCGGCGCCGGCCGCAGGUCCGAGGUUGCCGGCAAGGGCGGCUACGGUGACGUCCUCGAGGUGCGGGGCGAGCUGGAGGGCGUGCUCGGAUGGAGCGGCAUGGCCUAUUUCUAG